AUCAGUGUAACCGUUGCUCCGAGUGAAUGAUACCCGCGGCGCGUCACUAGAGAGGAGGAACACUGACGCUUCAGGUAGAAAGAUGUACCAGUAUAUUCUCUCCAUUGCCAAGUGUCCUACUGCAUCGCCCCACGUCCAGCCACAACCCCUUAAUUAUGCUUAUGGGAAAUUGGUGAAUAAGCGCAUCUGAACGAGGUGGGAACGAGUGAGCCGGAGCCAGACUUUGGAGACGUGAUCAAGAACGUAACAGUUGCUCUGGGGCGAGAGGCGGUGCUCUCCUGCAUAGUGGACAACCUCGGUGACUAUAAGGUGGGUUGGCUAAGGACGGAUACGCAGACCAUCCUCAGCCUGCACAAGAAGGUGGUGACACACAACACGAGGAUCUCCGUCACCCACAGCGAGCCGAGGACUUGGAACCUGCAUAUCAGAGCGGUGAAGGAAGAGGACCGAGGGUGUUACAUGUGCCAAAUCAACACCUCCACUAUGAAGAAGACAGUGGGAUGUGUGGACGUGCAUGUCCCGCCUAACAUCAUUGACGAGGAGACAUCAGGGGACAUCCUCGUGCGGGACGGUGAUAGUGUAUCUCUGGUUUGCACGGCGCGUGGCUAUCCGGAGCCCAAGAUCCUGUGGCGCCGAGAGGACAAUGAGAAAAUAAUGUUACGACAAGGACGGGGCAACAAGUCCAAGGUGGAUGAGGUGGAGGGCCGCUUCCUCAACCUGACGCGGGUGAGAAGGAAACAGAUGGGCGCGUACCGGUGCAUCGCCAUGAACGAAGUGCCGCCAGCCGUCAUGAAGAGGAUCAUUGUGAACGUGUCCUUCGAGCCCACGAUACACGUGCCCAACCAGCUGGUGGCGACUCCCCUGGGCAAGGACCUCCGCCUUUCCUGCCACGUGGAGGCGUUCCCCAAGCCCAUCACCUUCUGGAGGAUCAACAACGACAUCAUGAUUAUCAACGGGCCCAAAUACAAGGUGGAGGAGUCUUCUUGGACUUAUCACACCAACAUGUCUCUGCUCAUCCGGAAUGUGGAGAAGGCGGACAUCGGCAUCUACACCUGCGUGGCGAGAAACUCCAUCAGUCAAGCGGAAGGGCAGAUUCGCACCUAUGAGAUUGACCCCCCAGUGCCCGCCACCCACCGCCCCACUACUGACAGAGGCCCUCCAGGUGGUAAUGUCUUCUCAAACGCCCUUGAUCAUAGUGCCAAACCUUCAGGUCUGCACAAAAACCACGUGGACGAGGAAUACCACCAACACAAGAUGACGGAGGACACUUCGCAGAUAUCCAUCAACAAAGGUAAGAGGAAGGACCUGCACGGGCUGACUCUCGACCUGGACAGCGCCCGCAACCCCGCCCACCGCCCGGCACUCUCUGGGGCGGGCGUCAGGGUCUCAGCCACGGCCGGCCUCCUCCCACUCUGUCUCCUCCUCCGUGUCUCCGCUCAUUGGUUCUGAAACAUCCGCUCACCUUCUAGUUAUAAGUGUACGGCAUUAUGGUCCUCUUCAGGUUACGCGCGUGUGUGUCUACGCGUUUCUAUUACUGUAAUGUUCUUAUGUAAACAAAAGAAUUGCUCUGUUUCUCCUUGCGGUUAAUGUUGACGUCCUCUUGUCACGCACGCGUCCCCGGAGCAUGAGAACCCUUGCACUUCUCUCCGUAACGCUACACUGAAACGAGUCUUGGAAGGCUUUGGCUGUCAAGAGGAGCGUCGUCCGAUCUACAGUGGUAUUCAAAAAGUGAUUUUCAUCGCGUUCAGACUGUGAAAUGGAAAGUUUGCAGGGACAGACUGGCGGUGUUGUCGCCGCUUGUCGGAGGCGCGGCGAGGAGCGGCGACUCUCAGUGCGAUGAUCGUACUCGAAAAAAAAAAUCUCUUUUCGAAUACCACGAGUGCCCUUCAAGUGGGAUUGUGUAGCUCGCUAGUGCCGUGAGGAAAUUGCUUUGAUUGUUUGUCGGUCACUCGCCUUGUCCCUGUAUUCUGCUGUUAGUAUGAAAACUAUUCGACCUUCUCUUAUCACUUAUGAGACUUGUCCGUUUCACAUGUUUAUAUCAGGAACAUUAAGAACUAUUACUGUAGACAUUAACAAGAUAAAGGAAACUUAUGAAAUAUGUGAUACAGCCAGAAACAACUGGCCAACUCUAACCCUCGCGUACCCACUCCCCCACAAGUGCCCGCCCAAAAAGGGCGUCGCCCUCGGAUAGCCGCCCUCACCUGGGACAGGUAAACUGGAGGCAAGUCACUUUAUCAUGUGCUAAGUUAUUAGUUCAUCUCGAGGAGGAUGCGUCAACCUCCAACGAACAAUGAAACAACAGUCUGGCGUGAGCGUCUCGAGGUAUGCCGAGUGAGGUGUCGACUCCCGCUUGACCGGGCCAAGGCCGGAGCCUGGCGCGGCCGCUAAGCCGCCGCUGCCGCCGCUGCUGCCGCCGCCACCGCUGCCAAUAGCCGCCCAGCAGCAGGACGAGAGCUCAUCACAGCUCACAAAUGUUGGCUAAUAGGCAGAUAACACUUCAGAUAUUUUCCCUUAUGAGUAUGAAACACUUUUUAACCAGUAUUUAAAAAAAAAGAUGCAUUACAAACUAUAUUUACUCGGAAAAGAAAAAUGUAAUUAUGUCGCCAUUGAACAUCAAAGUCUUUACUGACACAGAAAAGUUUGGUUGCAAAGAUGCGCAGUCCAGACAGACAAUGCUGCUUCCCGGGGCAGGUGGUGCCCUGCCUCCGGUGCCCCGCCAGCCACCGUGCCCACAGCUGGUGGCGGCGGCCCGUCACCUCACGACAUGUAUAUACUAAUGACGGGAUCUGAUGGUGGAAGGAAGGGCAUCUGUCCAGCCAGGAGUCUUGGCUGAGCCGGAACACGGCCUAGGUUAGGCAGCCGCGUCCCGCCCCGCCCUGCCCUGUGCAAAGGGGACAUUACACAUUAAACUGCAGCAAACACAAUGUCAGCCGAGACCCGGCACCGCGCGCCUCAGAAAGUGCUGCUGGUGCCAGGCGACGGGGACUGACGGGACGGGACGGGCGGGCUGAGCCACGACCUUUCCACGACUUUGAUAGAAAAGUCCCUGAACUAAUUAUGUAAAAACAGAGAUGUAUAAAGGCUAUAUAUAGAUGCAUAUAUCAGGUGACAGUAAGCUUGUUUAUCAGUUAAGACACUAUUGUUUACGCUUGUCAUUCUGUGUGUUUGUGUUUCUCCUUCUGCUUCUCCUCCUCCUCCUCCUCCUCCUCCUCCUCCUCUUCCUCCUCCUCCUCCUCCUCUCUUCCUAUGUAUAUUGAAGGCUCGCCACCACAGAGCGUCAGGGUCUCAUCGGCGACCACAUCAGCUGUGGAAUGUUGUUAGUUAGUCUUCUGAUGGCGGCGACGAUGAUUGUAAAUACUGAGUCAAGGUAUUCAGACCAAGAGUUUAAGUUUACUAACGUUUUAUGUAAAAAUGUAUAGUAAAGAAAAAAAGGAAUAAUG